AUCACAAGAAACAUCGAAUUCUUAUACAGGCUUCUUCAUUCUCACACACCCAUCCGCACACGCAACAUCGGGAGCUAGGGUUUGCAGAGCUCGAACCGAUCGAAGAAGAUGGAAGAGGUUACAGAGGGAUUAAACAACAUAAACAUCUCCAACGAUUCUUACCGGAAAAACCGAAUUCAAGUUUCCAACACCAAAAAGCCUCUUUUCUUUUACGUCAAUCUCGCAAAGAGGUAUAUGCAGCAACACAAUGAAGUUGAGCUAUCAGCUCUUGGAAUGGCAAUUGCAACUGUUGUCACUGUGGCUGAAAUCCUGAAGAACAACGGCUUUGCUGUUGAAAAGAAAAUAAUGACAUCAACUGUUGAAAUGAAUGGUGAAUCUAGGGGCAGACCGGUCCAAAAGGCCAAGAUCGAAAUUGUGCUGGGAAAGACUGAAAAUUUCGACGAGUUAAUGGCUGCUGCACAAGAGGAGAGGGAAUUGGGAUAUGCCGAGGAGCAAAGCUGAACAUAGAGAGUCUAGUUGUUUAUGUUAUUAUUUGGUUUGUUUGGUUUGCAUUGAGAUUGUUUUUUAUUUGUUUAAUUGUUUUAAGACCGAUUUUGGUUAACAAAACUUUUGAUUUUGGAAAAGUGAAGUCAAAAAAUAGAAGUGCUAUUAGAAACAUAAGCUUAGGGUGGAGACUUUGGAGCCUGUAAUAAUAUGAGCUAAGCCGAGCCUUCUUGACUAUA